CCCUCCUUUCUUUCUAUACACAUCGAUCCUCUCUUCCACUUCUUCUUCUUCUUAAUAUCACACCCCCUCGGCGCACAUUAGCCUUCACCGUUACAUUUCCGUUAUUUUUUUCUUGAUUGCUGUUCUGCGGCAAUGGCGAAUAGAGUGGAUCUCGAUGGGAGGCCAAUAAAGGAAAUGACUAUAUGCAUGAUCGGUGCAGGAGGUUUCAUAGGGUCACAUCUAUGUGAAAAGAUUUUGAACGAAACGCCGCACAAGAUCUUGGCUCUUGACGUCUACAACGACAAGAUCAAGCACCUUCUUGAACCGGAUUCUUUACCUUGGGCUGGCCGGAUCCAGUUCCACCGUAUUAAUAUCAAGCAUGAUUCUCGCUUGGAAGGCCUUAUCAAGAUGGCGGAUCUGACGAUAAAUCUAGCUGCGAUCUGCACACCGGCGGAUUAUAAUACGCGUCCUUUGGAUACGAUUUACAGCAAUUUCAUAGAUGCGCUGCCUGUGGUAAAGUACUGUUCAGAGAAUAACAAACGUUUAAUUCACUUCUCAACUUGUGAGGUUUAUGGUAAAACUAUUGGAAGUUUCCUUCCUAAGGAUAGUCCUCUUCGUCAGGAUCCUGCUUACUACAUUCUUAAAGAAGAUGAGUCCCCUUGCAUUUUUGGUUCCAUUGAGAAGCAGAGGUGGUCUUAUGCAUGUGCAAAGCAACUGAUUGAGAGGCUGAUAUAUGCUGAGGGUGCAGAGAAUGGCCUUGAGUUCACCAUUGUGAGACCUUUCAAUUGGAUUGGACCUAGGAUGGACUUUAUUCCUGGCAUUGAUGGCCCAAGUGAGGGUGUUCCCAGGGUCCUGGCAUGCUUUAGCAAUGCUCUUCUACGUGGUGAGCCACUUAAGCUUGUGGAUGGUGGCCAAUCCCAGAGAACUUUUGUUUAUAUCAAGGAUGCCAUUGAAGCUGUUCUGUUGAUGAUUGAAAACCCAGCCAGAGCUAAUGGUCAUAUUUUUAAUGUGGGAAAUCCUCACAAUGAAGUUACAGUCAGGCAGCUUGCCGAGAUGAUGACAGAGGUCUAUUCAAAGGUAAGCGGGGAACCUGUUUUGGAGGUGCCAACAGUUGAUAUAUCCUCAAAAGAAUUUUAUGGCGAGGGAUAUGAUGAUAGUGACAAGAGAAUUCCAGACAUGACCAUAAUCAAUAGGCAACUUGGUUGGAACCCCAAGACAUCCCUAUGGGACUUGCUUGAAUCAACCCUCACUUACCAACACAGGACAUAUGCAGAGGCAAUUAAGAAGGUGCUUGCAAAGCCAACAUCCAGCUAAGGAAUUUAGAUGUUUGGAUAAGGGGAAUAUGUUGGAUAGUUCUGUUUGUUAGCAUGAGUUCCAAUUCUUUGUUAAGGGAAAUCUUUUUUAAGUAUCUUUAGCCGUUGGUACCAUAUACGCUACAGAAUUUUUUGUCUUUCCACAGUGUCGGUAGCUCAGGAAAACAAACUGUGUUUUGGGAUGACAUGAUGAUAUUAAGCUUGAGAAAAUGUUUAGGUUCUUCUGGUAGAUUAAAAAAAAAAAAAAGGAAAAAUGAUAUCUUGUUGCUGUAAUCUGUUACUUGAGCUUGGGCUCCGACAUAAUGGGGGCAUUAUACAAAAGUUUGAUGUUGUUUCUUUGGAGGGAUUAGCUUUGGCAUUCCUCUGUUUUGUUUCUCAAGGGAAAGUGUUGUAUUAAUUUGUUGACCCUCUCAGGCUCUUGUUUAAUUAUUAUUUAUAAAUUCCAAGCUUUUCUGCUUCA